AAUUGACUUGCAUCAUUCAUAAAAAUAUUUUUUUUUUUGUGUGCUGUGUGAAAAAAAAAAUACAUUUAAAGUGAUAACAAAACUGUGCGGGCUCGACUUUAGUGCGUAAAGAUAGACAAGAAGUGGCAUGCUGAUAAAACUGCAAAAGCCCAAAAAGCAAAUCGUCCAACGAUGCACGGCGCAAGUUGUUCGACGGAUUUACAUUCUCAGUUGGAUCACGUCGUACAACACAAAUUUCUUUUUUUCGGAUCUCAUUGCCGGUAUCACACUCGGAUUAACGAUGAUACCGCAAGCCAUUGCCUAUGCCACGUUAGCUGGUCUCUCGUCGGAAUACGGAUUAUAUGCGGCCUUCAUUGGUUCCUUUACGUACGUCAUUUUUGGCAGUGUCAAGCAAGUUUCUAUCGGUCCCACGAGUCUCAUGGCGUUAUUGGUGCUGCCACUGACAACGGGAAAACCCAUUGAAUAUGUUUUUGUGCUGGCGUUUAUUGCUGGAUGCAUCGAAUUGUUGCUCGGAAUUUUCAAAAUGGGUUUCAUUGUGGAUUUAAUCCCAAUUCCCGUAACAAAUGCCUUCACGAGCGCCACAUCUCUCGUCAUCAUCGCAUCUCAACUCAAAAAUGUCACCGGCCUCAAAAUAAUGGGCACCAACUUCAGCACCUACAUUUACGGCUUUUUCGAAAACAUAACCGAGAUCAAGCUCGGCGACUGCGUACUCGGAUUGUGUUGUUGCACAGCCUUACUUUUAUUGCGAAAAUUACAAGACGUCCCCAUUUCGAACGGAAAUCCACACAAAGCGACAAUCAAGAAAAUUCUCUGGUACAUCACGAUAUCACGAAAUGCACUUGUGGUGGCAGUAACUUCGAUUGUGGCUUACAUUUGGAGUAACGGAGGUGCCGAAAGUCUCCCUUUUAAGCUCUCUGGCAAGGUGAAAUCUGGAGUGCCCGAUUUUGCGUUGCCAUCCUUCUCAAUUGAACGAAAUGGAACUGUAACGAGUUUCAUUGAUAUUUUGAGUGACUUUGGAAUUGGGACAGUUUUUGUGCCGUUAGUGGCGAUUUUAGCAAAUGUUUCGAUUGCCAAGGCUUUUUCUACCGGAAAAGUCGUCGAUGCCUCACAGGAGAUGAUAGCAUUGGGCCUUUGCAACAUCCUCGGGUCUUUUGUCCAAUCAAUGCCUACUUGUGGCGCCUUUACGAGGUCCGCUGUGAGUGAAGCGAGCGGUGUCAAGACUCCCAUGGCUGGAAUUUACUCGGGAACGAUGACCGUGUUGGCCUUAACUUUCUUAACUCCGUAUUUUUAUUUUAUUCCGAGAGCGACAUUGGGAUCUGUACUUAUUUGUGCCGUCUAUUUCAUGAUCGACCAAAAACUUCCUCCGAAACUGUGGAAGGAAAACCGCAAAGAUUUUUAUGCAUGGCUGUCCUGCUUUUUAGUUUGCAUCGCAUUUGGAGUCGAAAUUGGACUUUUAUUUGGAAUAUUUUUCAACAUUUGCAUGCUAAUCUUACAGUGGAUGCGUCCAAGAAUUAAACCAACCCUUGAAACGUUUGAAGACAUGAAAUACGUAAAAAUCAGUCCAACACUCGGAAUUCUAUAUCCAGGCGUUGAUUAUCUCCGAGGUUUCAUCAACAAAGUCGGCAAUGAAUACAGUUACGUCAACUAUAUUGUGAUAGAUUGCAGUAAAAUUGUCUCUUUGGAUUACACAGCCAUCAAGGGCAUCGAAAACAUCGUUCUUGAUGCAAAAUCGCGCGAUCAAGAAAUAAUUUUCUACAAUUUGCCGUCCAAUCUUCACGCGCAACUGGGCCAAGUGAAGAAAAACUCCUAUUACUGCAGUGGAUCGGAAGAACUCCAAAGAUUACUGUUAUCACACAAAAAUGACGUUGCACGAAAUUGCUCCGUAGACAUCAGUGAGAGUAGCGGGAAUAACAAUAAUCAUAAUAAUGGCACUGCGUUGGCGGUUGUGACAAAAGAAGUAAAUAAGGAAAAAUGAAAAACAAGUUUUUUUUGUACAGUUUGAAU